CACCCUGGCCUGGGGGCUCUGCGGGGGGAGGCUGCUCUGGGCUGAGCCUGGGUGUGCACCACACACACACACACACAGUCAUGCAUGCAUGAACAGACACACAGGCCCCCCCCAUGCACACCCACACAAACACACACACUCAUACAUGCACAGAUACACAAGAGCCCUCCCAUGUACGCGCAUCUGCACACACACACACACACACACACACACACACACACAUGCAUGCAGGAUGCACAUACAGACACCCGCCAUACACACCCACCUGCACGCGCGCACACACUCAUACAUGCACAAACAGACACACAAGAACACCCCAGGGCAUGCACGCAUGCACACACACACGCACAAACAUACACAAGCAUCCUCUCAUGUGCACCCACCUCUGCCCCCACACACACAUGCUCAUGCCUGCGCAGACACAUGCCCCCAUGCACCCACACCUAUGCAUACAUAACUACAGAUGCACAAGCAGCACCCCCAUGUGUACCCACCUGCAUACGUGCACACACAUGUACCGAAGCAUACACACAUCUACACACAUGCAGACAGCGUGCACGCAUCCAUGUGCACACACAUACACAAACACCCCUGCCAAUAGAUGCAGAUGUACCCACACGUGUGCAAGACCCAAUCUCCACACACACACCAAACGCCUCCACACCGACACACAUUUGUGUGCUGGCAUGUACACGCACAGGUUCUGGCAUAACCCGGCGGCGCUGGCCCUUUAAGGCGGCUCCCGGGGCGCAGCGCCCCCUGCCGGGCGCCGCGGGGAUGUGCAGCAAUUAGCGCGGGGCCCUGCGGGCUCAUUAGCCAGGCCCCGCCCCCACGGUCCCCGAAGUGCGGGGGGGCUCAGAUCCUGUGUGCAUCCGCUUACACACACACACACACACACACGAACACAGCUCACGUGCACAUACGUGUGCACCCACACACACUGACACACACUGUCCACACGCAUCCUCACACGCCCCUGUGCACACGGGGUGGUGGCAUGCUGGCACACACAUAUGCACGCACACGCUUGGACAGGCAGCAGCACGUGCACACAUAUGUAGCCCCUGCCCGUUGCGCGCGCGCGCGCGCGCGCGCACACACACACACACACACACACACACACACACACUUGGACACGUGCUUCUUCUCCCCCCACACCCUUGCUCUGGCCUCAGUUCCCCCGCCGGGGGAGGUGGGGGCAGCUUCGGGAAGGGGGUGGCGACCAUGGCCCCCCUCCAGCACACGCAUGUGACAUGGGCACCCCCCAGCACACACGUGUGUCACACAGGCACCAUGUCCAACAACAUGGCCAAGAUCGCGGAGGCGCGCAAGGCCGUGGAGCAACUCAAGCUGGAAGUCAACAUCGACCGCAUGAAAGUGUCCAAGGCGGCGGCGGAGCUGCUGGCCUACUGCGAGGCGCACGCCAAGGAGGACCCGCUGGUGGCCCCGGUGCCCGCGGCCGAGAACCCCUUCCGCGAGAAGCGCCUCUUCUGCGUCCUGCUCUGAGCCGCCCGCCGCAGACAUCCACGUGUCCGUCCGGCCCUGCUGACACCGCCCGCCCACCCACCCAUCCGUCCGUCCCCACGGACAUCUACCCACCCCCACGGACAUCCAUCCAUCCAUCCAUCCACCCACCCAUCCGUCCCCAUGGACAUCUACCCACCCACCCACCCACCCCCACGGACAGCCAUCCAUCCACCCAUCCAUCCAUCCAUCCCCACAGACAUCUACCCACCUGCCCACCCAUCCAUCCCCAUGGACAUCCAUCCAUCCAUCCAUCCAUCCAUCCAUCCCCACGGACAUCUACCUAGCCACCCACCCACCCACCCAUCCAUCCCCACAUCCAUCCAUCCAUCCACCCAUCCAUCCCCACGGACAUCUACCCACCCACCCACCCGUCCAUCCCCACAUCCAUCCAUCCAUCCACCCAUCCAUCCACCCACCCAUCCGUCCCCACGGACAUCUACCCACCCACCCACCCGUCCAUCCCCACGGACAUCCAUCCAUCCAUCCGCCCAUCCAUCCAUCCAUCCGUCCCCACAGACAUCUACCCACCCACCCACCCACCCAUCCCCAUGGACAUCCAUCCAUCCAUCCAUCCACCCACCCAUCCGUCCCCAUGGACAUCUACCCACCCACCCACCCACCCCCACGGACAGCCAUCCAUCCACCCAUCCAUCCAUCCAUCCAUCCCCACAGACAUCUACCCACCUGCCCACCCGUCCAUCCCCAUGGACAUUCAUCCAUCCAUCCAUCCAUCCCCACAGACAUCUACCUACCCACCCACCCACCCACCCAUCCAUCCCCACAUCCAUCCACCCAUCCAUCCCCACGGACAUCUACCCACUCAUCCACCUACCCACACAUCCAUCCAUCCAUCCCUAUAGUUACCCCCCAAACAUCCAUCUCCACAGACAUCUGUCAUCCAUCCAUGUAUCCCCAUAGACACCCACACCGCCCGCCUCGAUAAAUGUCCGUCCAUCCAUCCAUCCAUCCAUCCCCAUCGACACCCACCCAUCCAUCCACCCCCACGGACAACUUCCCCAUUCUCCCCGUAGGCAUCCCUCCCUCUGUGCCCCCCAGGCAAUAAAGGCGCUGAGUGACCCCCGCCCA